AUGAAUUUUCUUUCUUUGUUUUUUGUUUUGCCGUUAACUCAAGCACUUCGCAUACUUGAACCUUCGAAUAACGCUGUUUGGGAUGUCCGCGAGCGCCAUACAAUUAAAUGGGACUAUGUGAACACGGAUCCAAAGGAAAUAUCUAUCUAUUUGGUUAACAACGAUCAAUACCCAAAUAUUCGUGUCUUGUUAGGCAGCAUCGAAACUUGCAAGAACCAAACUUCUGUACAACUGUACCGUAAAGAUGAUAAACCCCAGACUGGCUAUCAGAUUAAUCUCGAACGGGACCAAGGCCCAUCAAAGGGUAUCUUAGCUCAGUCAGAACGUAUCACAAUUAAGGGAAGAAGUAAACAUUCUUACGAAGGACCCGUUUCUGGUAAUGUUGAAAAAGGCAAGGCCAGCGUUGAUGACACCCAAUCUACCGAACACAAUGAUAAUGUUGAAUCUGUUCAGUCAAACGAAUCUUCUUCUUCCGCUGUGAAUUCUCAACGCCCCAAUUUUAAGUUUUUACUCUCUCUCUUGGCGUUGUAUUUCAUUGUAUUUGUCUAA